CGUCACUCUCCUCUCUGUCGUCGUCUGCAGCCACAGCGGAAAGAGAACCUCCAUCAUGACCUCCUAUACCAUGAGUCGCUCCAGCACCUCCUCCCUGAGGACCAGUGGCAGUUCUCCCUUUGGACGUGCCAUGGUUGGCAAGUCCAACAGCGUCUAUGGAGGAGCAGGAAGCAGCGGCGUCCGGAUCUCCACAUCCUCCGGCAUGGGCGGGGGCUUCGGAGGAGGCCUCGGAGGAGGUGCCGCUUAUGGCAGCAGCUUCUCCACAUCCGCCAGCUUCAGCACCGACGACAGCCUCAUCGGCAACGAGAAGUUCACCAUGCAGAAUCUGAACGACCGCCUGGCCAACUACCUGGCCAAGGUGCGCUCCCUGGAGAAGGCCAACGCCGAGCUGGAACUGAAGAUCAGGCAAUACGUGGAGAGCAAGGUUGGACCCACCACCCGAGACUACAGCGCCUUCUUUGUCACCAUCGGAGACCUCACAGCUAAGAUCCAGGACGCCAUCCGGGUGAAUGGAUCUGUCCAUCUGAGCAUUGACAAUGCUCGGCUGGCUGCUGACGACUUCAAGAUGAAGUACGAGAACGAGCUGGCCAUGAGGCAGUCGGUGGAGGCCGACAUCGCAGGGUUGAAGAGGGUCCUGGACGAGCUGACGUUGGCCAGAUCUGACCUGGAGAUGCAGAUCGAGGGUCUGAGGGAGGAGCUGAUCUUCCUCAAGAAGAACCACGAGGAGGAACUGCUGGCCAUGCGUUCUCAGAUGAGUGGUCAGGUCCAUGUGGAGGUGGACGCCACUCCACAGGUAGACCUCACCAGAGUCAUGGCUGAGAUCAGAGAACACUACGAAGCUGUCGCCGCCAAGAACCAGAAGGAGCUGGAGAACUGGUUCCAGGCCAAGUCGGAAACGCUGAAGAAAGAGGUCGUCACAAGUACAGAAACGCUGCAGACGUCCAGAUCAGAAGUCACAGAAGUCAAACGCACCCUGCAGGCGCUGGAGAUCGAGCUGCAGUCCAUGUUGGGCAUGAAAGCGUCACUGGAGGCAACUCUGGCUGAAACACAGAACCGUUACUCCAUGCAGCUCAGCGGGUACCAGAUGCAGGUGUCGAUGUUGGAGGAGCAGCUGGUCCAGCUCCGGGCCGACCUGGAGAGACAAGGCCAAGAGUACCAGAUGCUGCUGGACAUCAAGACCCGGUUGGAGAUGGAGAUCGCUGAGUACAGGAGGCUGAUUGAUGGAGAAACCCUCUCCAGCUCCACCUCCACCACCACCAAGACCCGGGUGGUGACAGUGGUCGAGGAGGUCGUCGACGGGAAGGUAGUGUCCAGCUCGUCCUCCACCUCCACCAACAGGUUCUGAUCCAGCAGUGUCCAGACCAGCACCGGCAGCCAAUCAGCAUCAGCGUCUGAGUCACAUGACGUCUGACACAAUCAAUAAACCAGUGAAAAAAUGA